GCUAUUGGUUAGCACAGGAAGCGUACCGCGGGAAAACGGGCAGCAGGACCCCGCGUCGAUUUACGUUUCCGCUUCGAAUUGGCUACGAGCUCAGAGAUAUUUCCAUAACGUCGCACAUUGGUCGAAAGCGGCGCGCCAAACAUCACGUGGUCUCGCUUUUCGCGCGAAACCGGGCUCUCUGUUGUCCGGAGCUGAGCGUGCUGUGUGUCAGAGAGGAGCAGCUCGUGUCUGUUUUGCAAACUUGUUUUUGUAUCUUUUUGUUGUCGCAGUUUGACGGACUUGCAGCAUGGAUGUCGCCACAGCCACCGCGGAGACUGCCGGGGCGAUGGUGAAGGACGAGCUGGCCGAGAAGUGCCAGAAGUUAUUCCAGGCUUUCUUAGAGGAAUUUCAGAGCGGGGAUGGGGAGGUGAAGUAUGUCCGGGAGGCCGAGGAGCUGAUCAGGCCUGAGAGGAACACCCUACUGGUGAGCUUCACCGACUUGGAGGGUUUCAACCAGGAACUGGCUACCACCAUCCAGGAGGAGUACUACAGAGUGUAUCCCUACCUCUGCAGAGCAGUGCGCAACUUUGCUCGGGAUCACGGGAACGUCCCCCUCAACAAAGAGUUCUACGUCGCUAUCGAGGAGCUGCCCACCAGACACAAGAUCCGUGAGUUGUCCUCCAUGCGUAUUGGCAGCCUGGUGAGAAUCAGCGGUCAGGUGGUGAGAACGCACCCAGUCCAUCCUGAGCUGGUGAGCGGUACCUUCCUGUGCAUGGACUGCCAGGCAGUGAUCAAAGAUGUCUCUCAGCAGUUCAAAUACUCUCCUCCGACCAUCUGCAGGAACCCCGUGUGCAACAACCGCUCCCGCUUCCACCUCGACACACACAAAUCCAAGUUCAUCGACUUUCAGAAGGUGCGUAUCCAGGAGACGCAGGCGGAGCUGCCUCGUGGUUCGAUCCCACGCUCUCUUGAGAUCAUCCUGAGGGCAGAGGCUGUGGAGACGGCUCAGGCUGGAGACCGCUGUGACUUCACUGGGACCCUGAUUGUCGUGCCGGAUGUCUCACAGCUCAGCACACCUGGUGUGCGAGCAGAGACCAGUACCCGUAUAGCAGGAGGUCCUCAGGGCUUUGAGUCUGAUGGUCUGAGAGGACUGAAAGCUCUGGGAGUCAGAGAGCUGUCAUACAGGCUGGCCUUCCUGGCCUGCAACGUGGCGCCAACCAACCCACGGUUUGGCGGUAAAGAGCUGCGGGAGGAGGAGCAGACGGCUGAAAGCAUUAAGAGCCAAAUGACAGAGAAAGAGUGGGAGAAGGUUUUUGAGAUGAGCCAGGACAAGAACCUGUACCACAACCUGUGCACCAGCCUCUUCCCCACCAUCCACGGUAACGAUGAGGUGAAGCGCGGCAUCCUGCUGAUGCUCUUUGGAGGCGUUCCCAAGACGACCAUGGAAAGGACCUCGCUCAGAGGAGACAUCAACGUGUGCAUUGUGGGAGAUCCGAGCACUGCCAAGAGCCAGUUCCUCAAGCACGUGGAGGAGUUCAGUCCCAGAGCGGUGUACACCAGCGGCAAGGCCAGCACUGCUGCAGGUCUGACGGCGGCCGUGGUCCGAGACGAGGAGUCACAUGAGUUUGUCAUCGAGGCUGGAGCUCUGAUGCUCGCCGACAAUGGUGUUUGCUGUAUUGAUGAGUUUGAUAAGAUGGACCUCAAAGACCAGGUGGCCAUCCAUGAAGCCAUGGAGCAGCAGACCAUCAGCAUCACCAAAGCUGGAGUCAAGGCUACCCUGAACGCUCGCACAUCCAUCCUGGCUGCUGCUAACCCUGUCAGCGGACGCUACGACCGCAGCAAGAGUCUGAAGCAGAACGUCAACCUGACCGCUCCCAUUAUGAGCCGCUUUGAUCUCUUCUUCAUCCUGGUGGACGAGUGCAAUGAGGUGACGGACUACGCUAUCGCCAGACGCAUCGUGGAUCUGCACUCCCGUGUGGAGGAGUCGGUGGACAGACUGUACUCCCUGGAUGAGAUCCGCAGAUACCUGCUCUUCGCCAGGCAGUUCAAACCCAAGAUUUCCAGCGAAUCAGAAGAGUUCAUCGUCGAGCAGUACAAGCGUCUCCGCCAGCGUGACGGCUCAGGGGGCGUGUCCAAAUCUGCCUGGAGGAUAACUGUGCGACAGCUGGAGAGCAUGAUCCGCCUCUCAGAGGCCAUGGCACGUAUGCACUGUUGUGAUGAGGUUCAGCCCAAACACGUGAAGGAAGCGUUCCGUCUUCUGAACAAAUCUAUCAUCAGAGUGGAGACGCCAGACAUCAACCUGGAACAGGAGGAUGAAGUGGAGGAAGAGGAGGAGCAGCAGGAAGAAGGUAACGUCCCGAAUGGAGUAAAUGGAAACGUGGAUGGUGUCAUUGGCCUUACUAAUGGAAUUAAUGGACACGCUGACGGUGUCAAUGGCCACGGCGAGCCUGGGAGCCAGUCCAAACCAUCUCUUCGUCUGUCUUUCGCCGAGUACAAACGCAUCUCCAACCUGCUCGUCCUGCAUCUGCGCAGAGCAGAGGAUGCUGAGGAAGAGGAGGAUCUGAAGAAAAGUGCAGUGGUCAACUGGUAUCUGAAGGAGAUCGAGUCAGAGAUCGACUCUGAGGAGGAGCUCAUCAAUAGGAAGGGGCUGAUAGAGAAGGUCAUCCACAGGCUGGUGCACUAUGAUCACAUCCUCAUCCAGCUGUCUCAGGCUGGGCUGAAGGGCUCAGAGUCUGCGAGCACAGAAGAGGAAUCUGUUCUGGUUGUAAACCCCAACUACAUCCUGGAAGACUAAACUCCUGUCCUCAAAUUGAUCCCUGCUUCUUUGUGGCAAACAAGAGUUAUUGUUCAUAGUGUGUUUAAUGCUCAUAAUGGUGGCAUUGGAGAUGUUUCGCUGCUGUACAAAGAUACGAGGAUUUAUCUAAAUAUUCUUUAGAUUUAAAAAGAUAAAACAAAACAAAAACAGAUGUAAAUAUACUGGCCUCUUCUCCAGCUGUUUAUUCACUUCUCUUUGACUUAGUUUAUUGUUGACUUUGAAUAACUGUAUAUUAUAAGCAUACAGCAUGGUUUACGUCCAUGGUUUAAAGUGUUUUUGUAUUAUAAUUAUGAUUUUGUGAAUGAAAUGUUGGAACAAUGAAUAAAAUGUUGAAAAACA